UGUGUUCAUGACCUUAGCCGGCUGACCUUAAGAGUUACCAGUGGCCACUGAUUAGUAUUACUAGCUUGUUUUGUUCUCUCCAGUCUUAAUACUGCCGCCGAGGACGUGUGAUCUCAAACAUGUUUAAGCUCUGUGUCUUCCUUGCUUUGGGUUUCGUGGCAUGCCAUGGGGCCCCAAAUACCAACCCUGGAACUUACUGUGGUGCUACACCAGACAACAUGUUCAGAUGCCUGAACAAUCCUCGGGUGGUGACUCCUGAAGUGGCCGCCAAAUGUGGCAGUCAAGUCACAGAGUGUGAAAGAAUGACCUGCAUCUUCCGUGAAUUGAAAUGGUCGAAAAAAGGAGCAAUAGACAAGGCGAAGGUGAGGGCCUACUUCGAGCAGUACGAGACGGAGCACCCUGACUGGGCCCAGGCUGUCCAGCAUGUCAAGUCUUUCUGCCUGGUCCCUGAACUUCGGGCCCAGGGAGUCUUCCUCAACUGCCCCGCUUACGACGUCAUGCAGUGUGUCCUGGCUAGUUUUAUCAAGCACGCCAGCCCAUCCGUGUGGUCGAACGCGACAGACUGUGAUUACCCCAAGGCGUUCGCCGCUGCCUGCCCGGUCUGCCCAUCUGACUGCUACUCACCUCAGAUCCCAUUCGGCUCCUGCAACGCCUGCUACUCACAACCACGUACAGUCUAAGCUAAGCAUUUGUUCCAUCAUUAAGUAUGUUUAAACUUCAAAUUAUACUGUAAACCCCCA